AUGGCGAGGCGCAGCACUCCCGCCACGGCUUCGGCGAGGCGAAAUGUUGCGAUCCCUCCGAUCAAGUUUGCUCAGGAAGAUCCGCAGCGUCGGACCACGAAGAAGGGCGGCUUUUGGAGCUCGCUGUCUUCGUUUAGCCUCCGCGUUGCGCUCUUUUACACGGUCUUUGCUGCCCUCUGGCACUGUCCAUCCAGGCCCUUUGCUUUCGACUACUCUACCAAGGAUGUCCGUCCCGUCUGUCGCACUAUCGCACAGAUGCACCAGCAGCUCGCUCCCGUCAUCUCCCCGUACGCGCACAAGGUCCAGGUCGCCGCAGAGCCCUACACCAAGCCAGCCUUCGACGCUGUCUCGCCCUACGCACAAAGGGCGUGGAAGGUCUCGCGACCCUAUUAUAGGUCGGCUCAGCGGCGCGGCAGGCUGAUUUACAAGAAGCACAUCGACCCUGCCCGCAAGCGCGCCAUCAAGCGAGCCAAGGCAGAAGCCGAUCCGUACCUGAGGCAGGUCUACGCUCAGUACGACCGUCAUGUGCAGCCCCAAGUUGACUCAUUCCAGCGCCAUGUUCGGCCUUAUCAGGACAUCUAUCAACGCGAUGUCGCGCCCCACGUCGUGCUGGCCUAUCGGUACGGCGUGCAGUCCAGCCAUGCCCUCUAUGCGUUCUACGUUGACGCGGUCCACCCACACAUUGUCAAGGCGCUACAACUGCUCCACCGCUUCCUCGUUCUCCACGUGGAUCCGGCCCUGCGCCGCUUUCUCAGCAUUUACGUCCGACCGCAAGUCGCGAAGCUGGUCGCCCGGCUGUACGAGCAAAAGGCUCACUGGAUCGGAUCGGACGCCAUCAAAGCGGCCCAGGCCGAGAGCAGCAGGCUCGGCAGAGAUGCAGAUGCUCAGACAAAGGCCGCCAUCAAUGCAGCCGAGGAGGCCGCCCUCAAGGCGCAACAGGAUCCUUCCCUGAUGGACAAGAUCAGGCAGGCAAAAGAUGCAGUCUUCGCCGGCGACGACGGCCAGGAUCGCGUUGAGACGGCGAAGCUGGACGCAGAGUUGGACGCCGAAGGAGCUAGGGUCGAGCAACAGCUUGAGGCAUGGGAGACAGAGAUGGGCGCCCUCAUUCGACGCGAGUACGCGCUCGCCGUGAGCCGUCUAAUCGACCUGCGCAACCGCGCCAUGGCUGACCUGCCGGAUCGCUUCGGAACUACGUCUGAGACGUUCGUCGAGGACGAAGUUGCGCUCGUUCUGAGUCGGAUCGAACGAGGCCUGCGGAAGCUGGCCAAGGUCGAACCAGCCGCCGCACGUCCUGCCAAGGGCCGGGCUCUCAUCUCACAGCAGCUCGCCAAGCUCGAUCAGUCGGCCGAGGACACCAAGAGGCGCAUCGCCGCUUUUCACGAGGACCUGCUCAGCCAGGAGCGGCAGGUCGUGGAGACCAGCUUCCAAGAAAUCGUCCGCUUCGCCGAUGCCGCAAAGAAGACCUACGAUGGCAUCAUGGCCGACUGCAAGUUUGCCGCGACAAUGGACGAAUGGGAGGGCUGGGACAAGGGCGUCCGGAAGCGGGCGAGCCUCUACCUCGAGGAUCUGGGCGAGGUCCAGCGAGGGGAACGUCGGGUGAAUGCGGACAGUGGAGCUCGCGACCUUGACAGCGAGGCCCCUCGCUUGGCACCCGAAAUUGCUGCGCUGCGAAAGCACGCUGAACGCCUCUUCUCUGCAGCGCGCCGGGAGGUCGAAAAGUUUGGCGAGACCGGUCUGUCCCAGCUCGAGGGCAACGGCAUCAUCGCCAAGAUCUCAGACGUUGCAGACGCUGUCGCUGAUCAGGCCACCAACAUCAGCCUCGAGGCCGCAUCUGGGAUGCUCGCCGCAGUGGCUCUGGCGCGCGAAAAGCUGGGUCUGAGGGAACCGGCGGCGACCGAUGGCUACUUCGCACGCGCAAGGGCCUACGCUCAAAACACCAUCACAUCGGCAAAACAGGCCGCUAGCGACGUCACCACGUCCCAAGCCGAGGCAGUCGACGCAGUCGGGAAGGGAGCAGGAUCGAUCCUUGGCCAGGUGCGAUCAGCUGGAGACAAGGUGGCCUCUGCGGCUGCAACAUCCGCCUCGUCGUACGCCAACGACGUCUCUGGCGCCGUUCAUCAUGCUACUAGGAGCGCAGCUUCCGUAGUUGGCGCAUCCUUCACGCCCGACUCGCUGGCUGACUCCGCUCAGGGGCUUCGCGAUUCUGCUGCUUCCUUGGCGUCUUCAAUCGGCGACGCUGCGGCCGCCCCGGCGGCACUGCACCAGGCUACGCGCAGCCUGGGCGAAGUUUUUGGAAUCGAGCCAACCCCAGAGGCACCGGCCGAACACGUCGAGUCCGUCGCGUCGCGAGCAAGCAGCGUGGCGUCUUCCAUCGCUUCUGCUGCGUCGAAUGCCGUGGUCGACGCACAGUCUUUCGUCGUGCAGGCUCAGCCGCAGGAGACUGCCGCUUCGGUCCUUGGUGCCGCUGCCUCCGGCGCCUCGGCCGUCUACGUGGACCUCGCUUCUGCCGCUGGCAUCCCGACACGAGCAACCGCAGCGACAGACCGCCUCUCGAGCGCAGCGACCAAGGUGAAAUCAGGGGUCUCGGCGGCAAGCGCCUCUGUCUCGAGUCUCGCGCACGACGCCUCGAAAGUUGGCGUAAUUGCUGCCGGAGGAACCCCCCGGCCCGACACGCUCAACGAAGGCGCCGAUCAGAUCAUUGCCCUUGCCCGGGACGAGGUGGCAUCCGGCCUCAACGCGGCCGCGGACGCCGCUGCACCGAUCGUCUCACCCAUAUCUGCCAAAGUCGUCGAUUCCUCGAGCCGGUUCGUUGACCCGGCCGUCGAAACCCUCAAGAGCGCCGUACACCACGCGACGAGGUCCUUGCAAAGUGCGGCUCGGGCCACACCUUCCCCGGAGGGUGCGGCCGAACGCAUCGAGCAUGCCGGAAAGAAAGUGGAGGAAGCAUUCCAGGACGCCAUGUCCAGGGUGCGUGAUGAGCUGUGA